UCUUGUUCCGUGUUGACAGGCAGUCACUCGUGACGCGGCGGGAGUAUAAACACGCGAGCAAGCCUCCAAUGCGAGCAGUCCUCAAGCUUCUACCAUCGUCAGGUUGCACUCGCUGCUUCUUUGGUCGACUAUCGCCGCAGAUGUAUAAGAAUGUCAUCAUUUGUCGAAAACCGUGCCGCUUUGGGGCGCAAGAACAGUUGCAAGGCUCUUCAUUUCCGUGAUUGUUCAUGGCGAAAGUCCGACAGAUGGAAGGUCUACAAGGGGUAUACAUGUGGUGUCAAUGGCGAGAUGACAACGCUUUGCAUAAAAGUAUGCAGAGACGAAUACUUCGAGGAAGAGGACUGCGAUGACAUCAUUGACAUGUACCAGACAAUCCAGAAUUUGGCAGAGAAGUUCAACCAGAGUCUGGGAAAGAGCAUGCUUAAAAUAAGAGUCAUUGUUCCCCAGAAAGCUAUCAUUGACAAAAAAGCCGCCUUUCAUAAUCUGAAGGGGAGAAGAAGGUUGCUGAGCAGAGAUGAAUGGGUUUUGGUGCAUGAGAAGAUCGACUGUCUGAAAAUGUUUGUAACGAAACAAGGCGAAAGCCGUUGUUCUGAUGAUGUUUUAGACGCAUUCGUUCAUUUCACGUUUCAUGAAACAAAUGGAGAACUCAUUGUGAGCAAGCUACGUGGGGCGAAGUCAAAGAGGGGAUAUGUACUGUCGUGCCCAGGUGUUUAUUACAAAGAGCACAACAUAAGAAAGGUUCUUUCCAGCCACGAGUGCAACGACAUUUGCAGGAGCUACAGAACCCUUGCAGUUCCUUCUGUAACGGACUGUGCUGAUUCUCCGGUGAUGCCCUCUGCACCUCCCCUCUCGCUGGACUCUGACAGUGAAGAAGAUGUGUUCCAACCAAGCUGUUCCCCAAUUGAGGGAAACCUCCAGUUCAAGCUGCAAAUGGACAAUUUGAACCAGUUCUGUGCUAUCCCAUACGACGAUUCCAACCAGUUCUUCUAUCCUGACGGUGUUCAUGGCACUCAGUUGCCACCUCCAUACUCACCUGCAUGUCCUGUUGGGCACACGGUGUCCAUAUCUGGCCCAUGCUGUGACUUCAGCGUCAAGCAGGAUUACAUGAACAAUAACAACGUGUUGGUUCUUGCAGAUAGUGCAGCCGUACAACAGUCCUCCAAUAUGAACACUCCUUUCCUUUGCUGAACUGUAUCAAUCCUGUUCGAGAGUGUAGAGUGUGUGAUGGCGGCAUCAGUGUUUAUUCACAUUUUCAGAUAACUUUGAACAUCGCUUCAUCACCUUUGCACCUCUUCGUGAGGACGGAAUCUCCCGAGGUAUCACAUUCAAUGCCAACAAGGAGGGACAAUUUCAACUAGCAUUGUGUUCCUGAGCUGUUUAUCACGUUUUGCUCCACUAUGUAGAAUGGGUGAUGGUAGCACCAAUGUUAACUGACACUAGGUAAUUCUGCUUCUUAUUUGUGAAACGUCUGAGACCUGCAUCACUUCGGCCUUUCCUCCCACAUUAAGCUGACACGCCGUGAUAUGACUGGAAUACUGUUAAAAGCGGCGUUAAACCCAACUCACUCACUCUUAUUUGUGAGUGGCUUCACUGUAAUAUUAUUACGCUAAUUAGGUAAAUGCUGACAGCAAUAGGACACCAUUGUUGAAUACUGUUUCAUAUGUGUAAUCUGUGUGUGAUAUCGGAGUUGAAAGUAGAAACCACUGCACUCAUUACACAUAUAUCAUAUUGUUAAACGCAGUUUGAGAAUGUAAGGAGAUGAGCAUAUGUGAAUGUAUAUUUUUUAUUUCUAUUACAAAGGAGAAUUUUCGUUCUGAGAUGUAAUAUGAGUGUGAACAUUUUUGCUCUUUCAAACCAGAUUGUUAGCAUGCUUAAUGUAAUAAUCUAUUCUGGUUCUGUUCUGUGUGUAGUUCAAAACCGGAUUGAAUAGAAAACGGUUCGUCUAGAUGUUAAUAACAUAGACUACGGUUUCACCAUUAACAGGAAAAUGAAAAUCUGAAGCCACAAAAUCAAAACUAAAAAUACUCAUCAAUUUAGACGAGCAAGUAAUCAAAUUAUCUCCACCUUGCGCAUUAUAUCGAGGACAAAUGCGAUGCAUAAGAUGCAAUACAUUUCUAGUCGCACUGAAGAUACUAUUCCACUGAUAAAAAAUAGGAAAAUGUGAAAUGAACAUACUUCCUAAAACACAUUGAGUGGCUGAGUCUUUACAGGGAAACCAGGACAUGGGCCUAAGUAGAUGGAUAUCUGAGACAAUGUUUGGGAUUAUUUUUUUUUUGACCCUUGAAUCACUUGAGGUUUCCUGUCAUAAAGCAUAUCCUUUAACAACCCUUUUUGAGUUCGUUGCGGAAAUCAAAACUUGAAAUGAAUCUCCUUGUCAUGCUUCAUGAUUUAUCACUUCUCCGAAAUGUUUUAUUGAUUUGUUAUUGUUAAAGCCUAGCUGUGAUAAGGCUUUCUGAGCUGUGAAGUGGUUAAAAGCACAUUGUUAUUAAACAUACCGGCACUUGCCUACAAAAUCCGAAUUUCUUCCAAAGUUAUCGAAAAUCAAAAUAGAUUGUAUCAUUUGAAGUAUUUGGAUGUAUGUAUGUAUGUGCAACAUAUAUGGAGCUUUGUUUAUUUUUUGUUUUGUACAAGGUAUGUUAUGAAUAUACAUUUUUUUUAUAAAGUGUGUAAUCAAUAAAUACAAUGAAAGUUUA